AACCAGUAACCGCGUCUAGGCGGAUUUAUAGGUAACGACAAAAAUCAGGGGAACCAUGAAAAGUGCGUCACGGACCACCGUGAGCGAUACAAUCGAUUGUCAACGGCAGCUCUGCGCAAACCACACUGUGUGUAAUACCAUAGACAAGUAAGAGCGAAGGCCGAAGGUCACUUAAAAGCGGAAGUAUGCAUACACACCAACACACCAUAGGCCAUAGGGUAAUAUAGUAAUUGGUAAUAACUAAUAUUACUCUUUGCCCUUUGGUGCAAACGAGCGUCGUUUCCGUCUAUCACAUAAUACCCAUUAUGUGGUUACGAUUAAUACGAACAAUAGACCGAACAGUGAACAAUGAACAUGGGUAUAUCACUUGCCCCUCGUCACCAGCUGACCAUUCAUUUGACGUCCAUGGAAAUGGUCUGUUAUCAUGUCACCGUCGACCUUAUCAGUCCACACACAAUAUUUUUUAUCAACUGGGAUUAUCAGUUCUCUUCGAACACAAAUAAGUAAAAAAAAAUAUUAUUUUAAUGUAUUCACUACAAUAUAUUAUUAUUUGCACAAUACACAUACGACAUACUACAUGGCCGUAUUAGUACCACCUACGUUUAACAUUAUUUGUGUGUCGUUCAACAGUCGGUAGUCAUCGCAAUAUAUUAAUAUAUUAAUAUUGUAAUCGUUUUAGAUUAACAUAUUUUAUUGUUUUGAAUUGCGUAUCUAUUUGUUAUCCAAUCUCGACACUCCGUCACUUACCUAGUCAAGUUCACCACGGUUUUAAUAUUCGAAAUUGUUAAUUUUUUCCCGUCAAUUGAUUGAGUGUUUUUUCAUUAUUUUUUUUACCAAUAUAUUAUAUACCUAUAUUGAUUUCAACAUGACGGUUUUAUCGAAAAAAAAGGCUCAAGCUCUAUCAGAAGAAUGUGAACCUUCGUCGAGUGCACACAGUCAUGCCUUACCUCUUUCUACAACCCAAGCUCAUUCUCAGAUAAACACAUUAGAUGAUCGAAUCAAGUCUCCACAAAGAUGGUCCGUAGAAAAUAUUGAAAAUGUUUUAGGUUCAAAACAAGCCAAACGCAGGAUUCACCGUAGUCCUCACAGAAAUACAAGAAAUAGUAAAGGACGUGAUAGAGACAAUAGAUCAUCUCAAAUUUCUGGUACUUGUCAGUGUGGAGCCACUGACUUGAAUGGUCACUGUAGUUCAGAUAAAUGUGGAUAUAAUAGUGAAGAUGAAUACGGCGAAAUUCCAAAGCAAUUUAAUGAUAUGGAAUGGGCUGAACAAGAUCGUAUUUUUGAGAAAAAGUUGAAAAAAUGUGAUCUUAUUUUAAAACAAAUGAAAGAUGAUGGUGCAUGUCUUUUUAGAGCUGUAUCAGAUCAAUUAUAUGGUGACCAAGAUAUGCACGAUAUAGUUCGCAAACAAUGCAUGGAUUAUGUUUCAAGCAAUAAAGAUUACUAUAUGCAGUAUGUUACUGAAGAUUUCAAUACAUAUAUUGCUCGAAAAAGACUAGAAGGAACUCAUGGAAACCAUGUUGAAAUACAUGCUAUGUCUGAGUUAUAUAACCGUCCAAUUGAAGUUUAUUGUUAUGAUAUUGAACCAAUAAACAUUUUUAAUAGUGGUAAUAUAUCAGAGUCUUCUAAUCCACCAAUAAGAUUAUCUUAUCAAAGAGGAAGUCAUUAUAAUAGUAUUGUAGAUCCACAUAAGGCAACAAUUGGUAUAGGAUUAGGAUUACCAAGUUUUUCCCCUGGUUCAGCUGAUAAAAAAUUGUUAACUGAUGCUGUUCGUCAAAGUGAAGAUUACAUGUUAGAACAGACAAUGUUAGAAGAUAAACUCAGAGCUACAGAUUGGGAAGCCACAAAUGAUACAAUUGAAGAACAAAUAGCACGUGAAAGUUAUUUACAAUUUUUAAAAGAUAAUGAAAAACGAAAUAAAAAUGAUAAAGAGUCAUCAGCCACAUCAACUGCCACUUCUGCAUCUAUCAUUAAAUCAUAUCAAUCUCGAACUUCGCCUCAAAGAUAUUCAGUAGGACCUAAAACCCCACCUAAUUUAUCUCCUCGUAAGGAUCGUUCAGAAAUAGAAAAUCAAUCAUUUGUCACAUUACCUCCACAUCUUUUUGGAAUGUCAAAAUGGGAAGACUUUGAUAUCCUAACAAAAGUGUUGGCCACUUCACAACAAGAGUAUCUUGACAAUUUAAAAAGACAACGCGAUGAACACAAAGAAGAAGGAGAUAAGAAAUAUUUAUAUGAUACAGAAAAACCAUCUACUUCUCAAUGAAAUUAAAAAAUAAUGAUGAAGUUGAUAAGAUACACAUUAUCAUCAAAAUUAACAAUUUUUUUCUUGCCAUUUCUUUUUUUCUUAUAAUUUUUAUUUUAAUCUACCAUGAGCUUUAAUAUUUUGCCUGGAUGGCCUCAAGCAGUAUUUCAUUGUUCACUUAUUUUUCAUUCAAUCAAAUUUGUAUAUUUAUAAAUCAAAAUAAUUUUUUUAAUUUUAAUUGUUUAGGUACUUGUUUGUGAUUAUAUACUCCUAACUGCUUACAAUUUAUCAUUCUGUCAUUUGUAAACUUUAUGUCAGGUUAGAUUAGGUUAAACUUGAAUAACUUUUUUUGUUGCUCUGGGCGUAUGUAAUUUGCGCCAAAAUCAACCAAA